CGACCUUCACCUUUGAAUUUAUUCUGCAUCAGUAGCUAACGCAUUGGUUAUUUACAGGAGUAUUUACAAGUUGAAUAAUAGUUUGGCGAAGAUGUGAAAUUUAAAACAAUUUGAUUCAGUACGAGAGGGUGCAUCCAUGUUAAUGAUAUGAAUUCCAGUGUUCAAUACGGGGUGUGAUAUGUGAGGCCACCAUGGCUUCUGUUAAGGACAACACACCUGGCCUGGGUAAGACUGAUCUGAAACUGGUCACUCCAGCAGUGACCAGGGGGGGCAUCACACACAUAGAUGAUGUGGGUCAUGGAAAAGUGCAUGAUGAGGAGCAUCAUGAGGAUGAAUUCAAAAUUAGCCAAAAAGUGUCAAAUAAGUAUAAAAUUUUCACCUCCUUGACUGCGGGUGCUGUUGCUGGUGCUGUUGCCAAGACAACCAUAGCCCCUUUGGACAGGACAAAAAUAAAUUUUCAAAUCUCACAGACUCCAUAUUCCUACAAAGGAGCUUUCUUAUUUAUAAAGAAUACUGUGAAGAAUGAGGGGUUCUUCACGCUGUGGCGGGGUAAUUCUGCAACCAUGGCCAGGAUUAUCCCCUAUGCUGCAAUACAGUAUGCUGCCCAUGAACAGUGGAAACGAUUGCUCAACCCAGAAAACAAUAGAAGCAUGCCUAGAAGUCUUCCGCCUGGCAGGCGAUUUGUAGCAGGCUCUUUAGCAGGGAUGACUUCUGUGGCUGCGACGUACCCUUUAGACAUGGUCAGGGCUCGAAUGGCUGUCACGCUCAAAUGCAGGUAUCACAGUCUUUUUGAGGUGAUCGUGAAAAUUUACCAGGAAGAAGGAAUCCGAACUCUUUACAGAGGGUUUACACCUACUGUACUAGGCUCAAUUCCUUACUCAGGAACAAGUUUCUUUACAUAUGAAACAAUGAAGAAAAAUUAUUUUGAAUACUCUGGUGGCAAAGAUCCAUCGGCCUACCAGAGGCUGUGUUUUGGUGCCCUGGCAGGUCUGUGUGGCCAGUCUGCCUCUUACCCUCUGGACAUUGUGCGAAGGAGGAUGCAAACUGCUGGUGUCACUGGCAAAAGUAGUGAAUACACAGGUAUUAUUAGAACAAUGAGGAAAGUGGUCCAGGCAGAGGGAGUGAUAGGGGGCCUUUACAAGGGACUUUCCAUGAACUGGAUAAAAGGACCCAUUGCAGUGGGAAUAAGUUUUACAACUUUUGAGACAGUGCAAAAAUACCUUAGAAGUUUAUCAAUUUUCCAGGAUUCUGAUCAUGGCUGAAAUUUGACAUCAGCUACAGGUAAACAGGCAGAGCAAGACAAUUGUUAAUGCUAUUUAGUGAAAAUGACUGGCUAAUGUGAAUGAAGAACUUAAAACGCACAGAAUGUUUUCCUAUGUUAGCUGUUUGGAAAACAGUGAAGAACUGUUUCUAAAGUGAUUAUCAAGUAUAGGUUCAUGUUGAAAAUAAUGGAAGUCAUUCAUCAUAAAAAAAUCCAUAACAAUGCAAUUCCAAAUAGCGUUGUGGCAAUUCAGGAUUGUUCAGCUGUUAUCCACAAUUUAUCAGGUUUGCUGCUUCUCUUUGGCAUAUUCAACACAUAACUGCCAUUAUAUUUAAUCAUUAAAAAACUUUAAGACCAUUAAACAUAACAGUAUUGACAAUGUUAAAAUGUGUGUGACACUUAGAGAAAGGGCACUCUUUGAAACUAGAUGUAUUUUUAGACCUCUGCAUAUAGCCUGUGAUAUCUAGUUUUAAUUAAAAUACAUUUAUAAAUGAAAGGUCAUCAAAGGUCAGUACAUUGAUGAAAGGGUCAAGAUAAAUGAGUCACGCUAAGUAAUUUCAUCAAACAUGAAUUGUUACUGACAUAUACUGAGAAAUUUACCUUUAAUAAAAUGGAAUUUGUAGAAGAUAGAGGGCAGAAAUAAUUGCAGUAUAUUUCUUUUAGG